GGCAACCUUCGGUUUUUCUCCUCUAAAAAGUUGGACUGGCGAGCGAAUAAAGAACAAAAAAUGUGUGAAAAAAUGUCGAUUUAAAUUGGCAAUUAUCGUAGCGCAGGGUCUGUGUUAAUUGAAUGCUGCAAUAGACGAGCACACGAACGAAUUAUUUGUGCAGGAUCAAACUGAACGCAUAUGCGCGGACAAAGAGUAAAACAAGAAGAACAACAACAACAGACAGCAACAUGUCUUCCAAUUCAAAUGGCAAUGGCGAGUUGAAGAAAUUGUCGGAGGAGUCGCUGCUGCAGCCGCCGGAGAAAGUGUUUGACAUAAUGUACAAACUGGGCGAAGGCAGCUACGGCUCCGUCUACAAGGCACUGCACAAGGAGAGCAGCUCCAUAGUGGCGAUUAAACUGGUGCCGGUUGAGUCCGAUCUGCACGAGAUCAUCAAGGAGAUUUCGAUUAUGCAACAAUGCGAUUCACCUUAUGUGGUCCGCUAUUAUGGCUCAUACUUUAAGCAGUAUGACCUAUGGAUCUGCAUGGAGUAUUGCGGAGCCGGCAGCGUCUCUGACAUAAUGCGUCUGCGAAAGAAGACGCUCACCGAGGAUGAGAUAGCCACAAUACUCUCGGAUACGCUCAAGGGUCUGGUCUAUCUGCAUCUGAGGCGAAAGAUCCAUCGGGACAUCAAGGCGGCCAACAUACUGCUCAACACUGAGGGGUAUGCCAAACUGGCGGACUUUGGUGUCGCCGGACAGCUCACGGACACAAUGGCCAAACGGAAUACGGUGAUUGGAACACCAUUCUGGAUGGCACCCGAGGUAAUUGAGGAGAUUGGCUACGAUUGCGUAGCUGACAUUUGGUCACUGGGCAUCACAGCACUGGAAAUGGCUGAGGGCAAGCCUCCAUAUGGCGAUAUACAUCCAAUGAGGGCUAUAUUCAUGAUACCACAGAAGCCGCCACCUUCGUUUCGCGAACCUGAUCGUUGGAGUACCGAGUUCAUAGACUUUGUCAGCAAGUGUCUGGUCAAGGAUCCCGAUGAGCGUGCAACUGCCACAGAGUUGCUGGAGCAUGAAUUCAUACGGAAUGCCAAGCAUCGCAGCAUAUUAAAGAACAUGCUGGAGGAGACCUGUGCCAUACGGGAGCAACAACGCGCCAAUCGUGCAGCUGGCGUUGCCAUGAGUCAGGCCAAGAGUCUGGCCACGCAAGAGUCUGGCCUGAUGUUGCAAGAAGAGGAGACCGAAUUCAAUUCGGGCACUGUUAAAACGUUUAUUGAUGAUCCCGGCACAUUAGUGCCCGAGAAAUUUAAUGAAUACCAGCAGACAUCCGCCUCGGAUGCGACAAUGAUAGCACAUCCAGAGCAGGACAUAGAUGAAGGCACAUUGGGACCAGGUGGCAUACGUGCUGGCAUGGCAAAAGCAGCUGCCAAGGCGGCACAAGCAACAGCUGGCGGCAAUGGCACAUCGGGAGCGGAUGUGGCAGCAGUGGACAGCGGCACAAUGGUUGAACUUGAGUCGAAUUUGGGCACCAUGGUGAUCAACUCGGAUUCGGAUGAUUCCACAACUACCAAGCGUAAUGAUGAUCAGAAGCCUCGUUACCGCUAUCGUCCACAGUUCCUCGAUCACUUUGAGGGCAAAAAAGCUGGCGAUGCACGUGCUGAUGACAAGUCAGCGACCACGCCCACUGAAUACUCGCCUGCUGCAGUUGAGCAGCAACUGCAACAGCAGCAACAACAGCAACAGCAGCAACAACAACAGGAGCAACAACACUUGGCAAGUGGAGCAAAUGAUGCCAACAAUUGGGUGAACAACAUGGAAUUGCAAUUCCAACAAAUCUCGGCCAUUAAUCAGUAUGGCAUGCAGCAGCAUCAGCAGCAACAGCAACAGCAGCAACACUUGCUAAUGGCCUAUCCGCUGAUGAACGAGCAGCUGAUUGCGCUCAACAAUCAGCAGAAUUUACUGCGCAGCAAUGCAACGCCACAACAACAACAACAACAGACAUCACCAGCAGCUGCUGCUGCUGCAGCGGGAGGGGCUCAGGCACCGCCCGCAUAUCAGCAUCAACAUUUGCACACACAAUCUCAUGCGUAUGUAGAGGGAGAGUUUGAGUUUCUCAAGUUUCUCACCUUUGACGAUCUGAAUCAAAGGCUGAGCAACAUUGAUCAUGAAAUGGAGCUGGAGAUUGAGCAGCUCAACAAGAAAUAUAAUGCCAAAAGGCAGCCCAUUGUCGAUGCAAUGAAUGCGAAACGCAAACGCCAACAGAAUAUCAACAAUAAUCUAAUUAAAAUAUAAGAAAAAAGAGAAAUAUACAUUAACUGAACGAAGCAGCUGAUAUUUAAGUGAAACGAGAACAUAAAAGCUUUAUUGUAAAAUGCACUGCAGAUAAUUAUUGUGGAUAAGGAUAACGAUAACGAAUGAUGAUAACAUAUUCGACAAAUGCACGCUUUUUUGUCUCGUUUUAUCCGUUUUGGCAAAGAGUAUAAUUCGAAUAGUGGCAUAUAUUAUUUAAUCUAAUAAUUAGAUCAAACAAACUCUCAGCCUAUUCUAAACUAUUCUUUAUUCUCAAUUCUCAACUGCCCUGAUCCUUUAUAACCUUAAGACUUAUUUUGGUGCGUUCUUCCUUGUUAACUUUACAAUUUUUUAAUUUAAUUUACACUUUAUUACUUGCUUGUGCUUUUUCUUAUCAUUUUCAUAUACUAACUAUUAAUCAUUAAAGUGCAUCACAACAAA